AUGCAGAUAGCAAAGCAGGCGGUCGAGCGCUUCAAAAAUGAAGGAGACAGCAGGAAUGAGGCCUUGGCGCUGCAGACAGUUGCCAAAACCCACAUUGCCAACCAGGAGUUUCUCAGGGCAGCGCGCAUCUCCAAGGAUGCCCAAAGAAUCUUGGGUCAACUUGGGGACACGGACGGCGAGAUGGAGAUGCUCGAGACCGCCGUGGAAGCGCACUUGGCACGUCCAGAAGCCGAGAGCAAGGAGGAUGCCUUGCAGGUGACUGUAGAAGCUCUAUCUGAGUUUCGUCGUCGCGACAACUUACGAGGCCAAGCUCUCACAUUGGGCUUGCUCGCCCGCGUGUAUCUACAAAUCCCAGACCCAGAAGCUGCAGUUCAUGCUGUCAGGGAUGCUGUUGCCUUGUUCAGAGAGCUCGGCGACCGAAAGUCGGAGAUGCUUCUGAUCCGAUCCAUCAUCAACGAAGAUUUGGUGCCCGAGUCCAUUGAAAGUGCAGACGCUUCCCUGCGGGCAGUGAAGGCCGCAUUGGCAGUCUGUCACCAGGCCGAUGACAAGCGGGGCCAAGCAGUGAUGCUCAAGAUUACCUUCAGGAUCCUCCUUGCCAGAGAGCGGCCCGAGCGUGCUCUUCAGGCAGCCGAGGAGGCGAUGAAGAUGUAUCGCGAACAGGAGGAUCGUGCAGGUGAGGCGCAGAUGGCUCUCCAGACAACAAAGGUCCUUGUCGAACGCGAGGAGUUUCGAAAGGCUUUGAGCGCAGCUCAGGGUGCUGUUGCGCUCUUCAGAGAAGCCGGUGAUGCGGUCGGGGAGCUUUCAGCCCUACAAGCAGCUGUGGACGCCCAUGCAGCGCGAGGCGACCAUGCCAUGGUCCUUGAGUCCUCCAAAGAGGUGUUGGAGAAGUGUCGCUUGUUGCAAGAUCCUGCGUCGGAGGCAACGCUGCUGCAGAGGGUUUGUGAGGUCUACUUGGAACAAGGCGGCAAGGAAAAUGCCGAGGUCGUGGCACGCACUGCAAAGCAGGCGCACUCUCUCGCAAGAGCCGCUGGAGAUUUGAACGGCGAAACAGCGGCACUGGCCGCAUUGGCUCGCUCUCAUCUUGCUGCCUCACGACCGCAAGAGGCAGUCGAAGUGGCCAAAGAAGCUGUUCGCUGCGCAAGCGAAUCUGGGGAUCGCCGGAGCCAAAUUACGGCCUUGCAGGCGUUUGGAAGAAUCUCGCUCAAGCUUGGUCACAGCUUCGAUGCCCUGGAGGCUUCCAAGGAAGCAAUAGAGUAUUGCCGCUUUGAGGGCCUAGCCAAUCAAGAAGCAGCGUGUCUGGCAACUUUGGUCGCCGCCCGCCUGGCGAACGCCGAGCCGAGCGAAGCACUGAGAGCUGCCAAAGAGGCGCACGAUCGUGCCAGGAGGCUUGGCAAUCCUCGUGCAGAAGCUGCAUCUCUUGAAGCAGUUGCCAGUGUUUGCUUGCACAUCAAAGCACCAGCAGAGGCCAUUCAGGCCCUCGACGGUGCCCAGCUUCACUACAAGAAGCUCAAGGACAAAAAAAGGGAGGGAGCAGUGGUCGGCUUGGCUGUGAAGGCGCAGCUGCUUGCGGGAGAUGCAGCUGCAGCACUUCGUGCGGCGAAGGAGGCACGAGCUUUGGCCAGGGAGCUACGCGAUCGCAAAGCUGAGGCUGAGGCGCUCGAUGCAGCUUCUCAGGUUCACUUGGCGAAGCGCGACUACAACGAAGCUCUGGAUUGCGCCAAGAGCAUGGCCAGCUUGUACGAUGAGCUCCAGGAAGACAAGCUUGCAGCGAAGGCCAAGCAGUUGCUCACGUCCGUGUACUUGGCGAAAGGAGAUGCAAGAGCUGCCAUUGACAUCGGUGAAGAUGCCGUCGCCACCUUUCAGAAGCUGGAGGAGCCUGCAUCUGAGGCGGUCGCGCAGCAUCUGUGUGCGCAAGCAUAUUUGCAGCGUCACCACGAUGACGAGAGAAGUCGCCAGCAGAACGGAUUGGGCCGUACGAGCUACCUGUCGCAGGAUCCAGCAGAAGCAGUGCGGUCUGCGCAGCGUGCAAGAGCGCUUUUCAAGCAGCUUGGGAAUCUCACCGGAGAGCUGGAAGUCAUGGACACUCUGGCCAGGGCACACAUUCGCAAAGGAGAAGCCAAAGAAGGGCUUCGCGUGGCGGAGGACUUCCUGGCCGCAGCCAAGAAGGCCAGAGACAAACCGGGGGAGGCCAAUGCUCUGCUGGUCUCUUCAAGUGCUCUUGCAAGCGACGGUCGCCUGAGUGAAGCGCUUCGCUCAGCAGAGGCGGCUCGAUCUCUGUAUCGAGACCUGGGCCAUGCAGAGGGGCUCCAAGACUCCGAGCGUUUCCUCGGGGUUGUGCGAGAUGCCUUGAAGGAGAUCGGUCAUCGUGCCGGCAGCCAUGGCAACGGCUACGGGGGCAACAGCAAUGUCGGUGCUCCACAACGAGGACCUUCCAAGUUUGGAUUCCGCGCGGCCGAGGAGUUGCCAAAGGAUGAGAAGUCUGGAAGUCUCAUCACCGGAGAGCGCCGUGGGGUUGCCCAAGUCGUCAAUCCUACGCCGCUUUACAACCGUAAGGCAUUCCCAUGGACUCCGCAGCAAGCAGACAAGGUGUCCACACCAGCGACAGCCAAACCAAUGACUGGGAUCUAG